UCAGCGGGGUAUAUUUCCGUUUCGAUAGCAGCAGAGCGGAAGUAGCAGGAUGUUGGGGGAUUUGCUGCUGUUCGGGACUCUGUUGGUCAAUGCCGGAGCAGUGUUAAAUUUCAGGCUGAAGAAGAAAGAGAGUCAGAUUUUUGGUGAAGAAGGAAGAACACCAACAACAGGUGAUAAUAUCAGGGAGUUUCUGUUGAGCUUAAGAUACUUUCGGAUCUUCAUCGCACUGUGGAAUAUUUUCAUGAUGUUUUGCAUGAUUGUGCUGUUUGGAUCUUAAACAACUUUGACUGAACUGACAACAAGACACGUUAACCUUUGGCAAUUUGCAGAUGACUUCCAACUGGAAAUAUAAAAUACUCCUAAGUAAAAAAAUUGACAUCCUUGUAGUAUUGAGUUCUGGCUUAUUUUUACUACAAAUAUCAAAGGAACAUUCACCAUUCCCUCUUUUCCCCUGUUCUUAUUUUUUCCCCUAGGUUUUGUUUCUGUUAUUUGGUUAAAGAACAAAUGAACUUUCAGCCCCGUGAAGGGGUACUUGGCUUAUGGUUGCAGGCAUGGCAACCAUGGAGAACAGAGCUUUAUGUGAAGAUAGGAAGAAAUGUUAGAAGAAAUGUAUGUUAAAAUUUUGACACAAGUACAAAAAUGGCAUUGCAGUGCAUGCUUUAUCAGUCAUUGGAUUUAAAUUUAGCCUUUAGCCCCACUAAAAGAAAAAAAAAUAGUUUUUAGAUAG